AUGUCGGAAAUAUACGAGGUCGACGUUUCGAAGCUUACUCCCGACUCGCCAGAGGUUAUCAAGAACCAGGCGACGAUCAAUCUCGGUACUAUUGGCCAUGUCGCUCACGGCAAAUCCACUGUAGUAAAAGCCAUUUCAGGCGUCAUGACUGUCAGGUUCAAGAACGAGUUGGAACGGAACAUCACAAUCAAACUUGGAUACGCGAAUGCCAAGAUCUACAAAUGCGAAAACGAGAAAUGCCCAAGACCAGGUUGCUACAAGUCGUAUCGCUCGGAUAUGGAAGAACGUCCUCCUUGUGAGCGUCCCGGCUGCGGGUCCCGCAUGAAACUUGUUCGACAUGUCUCGUUUGUUGAUUGCCCUGGACACGAUAUUCUCAUGGCUACUAUGCUUAACGGUGCGGCAGUCAUGGACGCCGCUUUACUUCUCAUCGCAGGAAACGAAACUUGCCCACAGCCACAAACAUCCGAGCACUUGGCGGCCGUGGAGAUUAUGAAACUCAAACAUAUCAUUAUUCUCCAAAAUAAAGUAGACUUGAUUCGUGAACAAGCAGCCGUAGAACACCACAAGAGUAUCAUGGCCUUCGUCAAAGGAACGAUUGCGGAAAGCUCUCCUAUCAUCCCUAUCUCCGCUCAGUUAAAAUAUAACAUCGAUGCCGUCAACGAGUACAUCCUACGUACUAUCCCAACUCCUGUCCGCGACUUCACUUCUUCCCCAAAACUCAUUGUCAUCCGCUCCUUUGACGUGAACAAGCCUGGUGCCGAAAUUGCCGAUCUCCGAGGCGGAGUAGCCGGUGGAUCGAUUUUGCAGGGAGUGCUCAGGCUGAACCAAGAAGUUGAAAUUCGACCUGGAAUUAUCACCAAAGAUAACGAAGGAAAGGUUAGGUGUCGGCCAAUCUUUAGCAAAAUCGUCAGUCUGUUAGCAGAGAAAAACGAAUUGAAGUUUGCCGUUCCUGGAGGUUUGAUUGGUGUGGGGACGAGAAUCGAUCCAACCUUGUGCAGAGCGGAUCGCUUGGUUGGACAAGUUCUGGGAGCUGUCGGGGAUCUUCCAGCCGUAUACACUGAAUUGGAGAUCAGCUUCUUCUUGCUUCGACGACUGCUCGGGGUCCAAAAAUUAGCGAAAAAUGAAGUCUUAAUGGUGAAUAUAGGCUCAACUUCGACCGGAGGCCGGGUGAUGAGUACUAAGGGCGACUUAGUCAAGAUUUUGUUGACUUCUCCAGCGUGCACAGAAGUCGGUGAAAAGGUCGCACUGAGCCGAAGAAUUGACAAGGUCUGUUUGGCUAUCACCACUAUCCAAGUUCAGUGA